AUGAGCUACAGUUGCUCAAGUGGUAUAGCUUAUUCUACGAUCGUGAAUCACCUUACAUGCAAAAAUGGUCGUUUACGGGUUGGUGAUCGCCUCGUUUAUAUUGGUGAAGUUAAUGUUCGUGGUCUAGGUCCUGAACAGGUGGCAAGCAUACUUCGUCAGGCUGUAGCAGCUAGUCUAGCAAUUGCCGGCGACCUGCUGGCAACCGAAAGUGAAUGUCAUAAGCCAGCGUGGUUGGCUUGUCUUCCUAGAGGGCCUCAAGAAGACCCACACGUCGUAGAUACUGGGAGAUGUAGCUGCCAGUUAACAUAUAGUAUGCAUUGUACGGAAGAGGAAGACAACAUUUCGACAUCUACAUCUUCUGGAAUGAGGCCUCAGUUUAAUUUGGAGUCGAGGCAUCUCGCCAGCAAAGGGGCAAAGUUCGACCAUUAUGAAACGCUGGGAGGUUUUGCCAUCACCGGUUGCCAGGGCAAUAAACGAACUUCUUUGGUGGACUCUGACUACACAAGAGUUGAGGAUUGCUGUGAGCCAGAAAGUGGACGUUGUGGUGACGAAAUCGAAAGUUGUCAAGGAAUCGAUGCAAGCAGGAGCGAAGGAGAUGUACCAAUCAGUGUCAACUUAAGGCAGUUAGAAGCCUAUAAUUCAGGUGCAUUUUUAUUCACGGUUUAG